AUGGUCCCUAAUUCGACGGCAGAAUAUGAAAGUUCUUUAGCAGACUUUGUGGUACAACCCCACAAGGAGCCCGACUCUUGUCUCGUUUGUCAGGUGCGUGUAUGCGUUGCUGCCUCAACCAGUCCGACUUCUUCUAAAGCAGACCAGUGGCCGGCUCGGUUGACGCCUUGCCUGCUCCAACAUGCUAGUUGCAGGAGCCCACGACGUCUUACUCAUGCUUUAGUGCACACUUAUGCCCUAUCCACUCUGGCUGGAGGGUGUUGGCACCAUGUGGUGAGUCAAGGUUGGACUGAAGAGACUGCAUAG